AUGUGGCUCAUCGACACAGAAACCCUAAAACUGGGACAGUUCAUCGGAAGGAACAUACCUUCCUACGCAAUCCUCUCGCACACAUGGGCUGAAGAGGAGGUUUCCUUCCAGGAUAUUCAGGGCCAGUCCCCGGGGCGGCAACAACCCACUGCCAUCAACAAGAUCGGAUUUGCAAAAAUCCAACGUACCUGCGCGUUGGCCCGCCAACAGGGCCUACAGUAUGCCUGGAUCGACACUUGUUGCAUCGACAAGUCGAGCAGCGCCGAGCUCACAGAAGCGAUAAACUCAAUGUUCAAGUGGUACCAGCGCGCCAACGUCUGUUAUGUCUGGCUAUCUGACCUCAUUCCUUCCACCAACAUCUACAGUGACGACGGUGCCAGAGAGCUAGGUACAUGCCGCUGGUUCACACGUGGCUGGACACUGCAAGAACUCAUCGCUUCCAGGACAGUCCAGUUCUACGACCAAGAUUGGACCCUCGUCGGCAGCAAGAGCGGCCUCCUCCGGCAGCUUCAUGCUGUUACAGCCAUCGACAUCGACGUCCUCGGCGGUGACGAGCGCGCACUGACGUACACAACUGUCGCGGAGAAGAUGUCCUGGGCUGCGGGACGGGACACUACCCGCAUCGAGGACGCCGCGUAUUGCCUGAUGGGCAUCUUUGACAUCAACAUGCCCCUCUUUUACGGCGAGGAGGAAAAGGCGUUUCAGAGGCUCCAGAACGAGAUCCUAGCGAAGAGCAACGACGUGACGAUCUUUGCUUGGGAGAGGGGCGAGCAUAGACCGCCCCCGACGCAGUCGUUCCGUGACACCGAGGGCCAGAGGGUUCUCAGCGGUCUUCUUGCCGAGUCCGCCGACGAUUUUGGCAUCCACCGUCACCAGGGGAGGAUUGACCCGACGUCUGGCAGGCGGCCGACGCUCCAGGUCACGAAGAGUAGCAUUAAACUCUUCACCGAGCUCACCUGGGAAGAAGUGCCCGAGACCGGCGGCCGCCGCUAUUACAUAUACUGCGGAUCCCGUGAUCAGGGUGAAGACAUCAUCAUUGUCCGUCUCGUCAAAGUCGUGGGUGGCUCCUUUGUCCGGGAGAACAUGGACCAACGUGCCCCGAUCCCCAAUCUCCGCUGGGACAGGUUCCGCCGCCGGGAGCUGAAUUUGCUGGUCAAGUUCUCACCCUACCCAAUCCGCCUCUUUAGUCACAACGUAGGGUUCCGAACCAGGUUGAAGUUUCGGUGCCCCGAGAAUAUGAGUGUAGCAGAGGCCUCACCCUGGUCGAAGUGGAACGAUGAGGGAUGCGAGUUUGUGGCGCACCCCAGGGCUUUCUGCGGAUCGGUCCUCUUCCAUAUUAGGUGGCUCUUACCCUUCUCUGUAGGCCUCCAGAGGAGCCACAGUACAGACUAUGUCUUCAUUUUUGACUCUAAUUUGCCUAAUCGUACCGGUCUCAGCCCUUUUCUGAUGAGGGGCACCCUCCUCGAGAGAUACGGGGUAUUCCAGACAAAGGUGGAUUAUAUCAACUCCUACUUGGAUUCCCAGAGGCCUGGCUCCUCGGUCUUUGACGAUGUUGUCACGCGAGUAGGCCUGCCUAUGGCAGACAAGGCUGUCAUUAAUUUGCCAUCACCGAACCCGUCUGCGUUGUUAUCGUUCAGUUGGACACAUAAAUCCGUAACAUCUGGCGCUCGAACAGAAGAGUGGGAAGUCGCAUUUGACAUCAAUUGGAUGGGGGACAGAGCAGCGUCUUCCCAGGAAAAUAUAAUCGAUGGCGAGAAUACGACAUCUUAA